UCCCUAGCACCAUCCUAAACCCUGUUUACCCCAGAAACCUGAACUGUGGACAGACAGAAGAGGAGAGAGAGAGAGAAAAUUCAGACACAAUAAAACUCUGAGGGGAAAAAUAUGUGGAAGGAGGAGGCAGCAGCGGCCUGGGGAAGGGAUUGAAAAGUUUCCCCUGGCUUAACUUCUCCCCCCCUGCAGCAGCAGAAGCAGCGCCAGCAGCACAAGCUGAGCAGGUGAGCAGGUCAUGGCACGCCUAACGAAGAGACGACAGGCAGACACAAAGGCAAUCCAGCACCUUUGGGCAGCUAUAGAAAUAAUCCGGAACCAGAAGCAAAUUGCAAACAUUGACCGCAUUACAAAGUACAUGUCUCGAGUCCAUGGUAUGCAUCCAAAAGAAACCACACGUCAGCUGAGUUUAGCAGUCAAGGAUGGUCUCAUUGUGGAAACCCUGACCGUGGGGUGUAAAGGGUCAAAAGCUGGUAUUGAGCAAGAAGGAUAUUGGUUGCCAGGAGAUGAGAUUGCCUACGGUAUGCAGCCUUUUUCCCAGACAGCAGCAAAAAACAAGGACUGGGAAACAGAAAAUCAUGACUGGUAUUGUUUUGAAUGCCAUUUGCCUGGAGAGGUGUUGAUAUGUGACCUGUGUUUUCGUGUGUAUCAUUCCAAGUGUUUGUCUGAUGAGUUCAGGCUUAGAGACAGCAGUAGUCACUGGCAGUGCCCAGUUUGCAGGAGUAUCAAGAAGAAAAACACGAGUAAGCAAGAGAUGAGCACAUACCUGCGGUUCAUCGUGUCCCGGAUGAAGGAGCGGGCUAUAGAUCUAAACAAGAAAGGGAAGGACAACAAACACCCAAUGUAUCGAAGGCUGGUGCACUCAGCUGUUGAUGUUCCUACUAUACAGGAGAAAGUAAAUGAAGGAAAGUACAGGAGUUAUGAGGAGUUCAAAGCAGAUGCUCAGCUGCUUCUACACAACACAGUGAUUUUCUAUGGAGCGGACAGUGAACAAGCUGAUAUAGCAAGGAUGCUUUACAAAGACACCUGCCAUGAACUGGAUGAACUGCAGCUUUGCAAGAACUGUUUCUAUUUGUCAAAUGCACGACCUGACAAUUGGUUCUGCUAUCCUUGUAUACCUAAUCAUGAGUUGGUUUGGGCCAAAAUGAAAGGCUUUGGGUUUUGGCCAGCCAAAGUCAUGCAGAAAGAGGACAAUCAAGUUGAUGUUCGCUUUUUUGGCCAUCACCACCAAAGGGCCUGGAUCCCCUCUGAAAACAUUCAAGACAUCACAGUGAACAUCCACCGGCUGCACGUGAAGCGCAGCAUGGGCUGGAAGAAGGCCUGUGAUGAGCUGGAGCUGCACCAGCGCUUCCUCCGCGAGGGAAGAUUCUGGAAAUCAAAGAAUGAGGACAAAGGGGAAGAGGAGGCAGAGUCCAGCAUCUCUUCCACUAGCAACGAGCAACUGAAGGUUACUCAGGAACCACGAGCAAAGAAAGGACGACGUAACCAGAGUAUGGAACUCAAGAAAGAAGAGCCAGAACCUGAAACUGAAGCAGUAAGUUCAAGCCAGGAAAUUCCCACAAUGCCUCAGCCCAUUGAAAAAGUUUCAGUCUCAACUCAGACCAAGAAGUUAAGUGCCUCUUCUCCAAAAAUGGUGCAUCGGAGCAUCCAGACCAGUAAUGAUGGAGUGUGUCAGAACAUGUGCCAUGACAAAUACACCAAAAUCUUUAAUGAUUUCAAGGACAGGAUGAAAGCUGAUCACAAAAGAGAAACUGAGAGAGUCGUGCGAGAGGCAGUGGAAAAGCUGCGCACGGAGAUGGAGGAGGAGAAAAGGCAGGCUGUGAACAAAGCUGUGGCCAACGCACAAGGAGAGAUGGACAGAAAGUGUAAGCAGGUAAAGGAGAAGUGCAAAGAAGAGUUUCUAGAAGAAAUUAAGAAGCUAGCAGGUCAGCACAAGCAACUGAUUUCCCAGACCAAGAAGAAGCAGUGGUGCUACAACUGUGAAGAGGAGGCCAUGUACCACUGCUGCUGGAACACCUCCUACUGCUCCAUCAAGUGUCAGCAGGAGCACUGGCAUGCCGAACACAAACGCACCUGCCGCAGGAAAAGAUGAAAGGGCUCCUCCUCCCCUAGAGCGCCACCCCAAUGAUUGCUAUUCUCAGACAGAGCGGUUUUUGUUUCCAAAAAAAAAAAAACAAAAAAAAAGCCAAAAUUGUUUAGAAUUUGCUUCCCAUUUUGCACCAGCCUUUAAACACUUUUCUUAGAAGAAAUUUUGCACAGUUGUUUCAGUCUUCUGUUAGAAACGCUCCUCCAAAAUUUUGUUGGCAAAAUAAUUGAACAUCUGUUGGAGCAGGUUACUUCAAAUAAUUUUAAACUAGAGGAUUUGUUGCAUUUUCAGCAAAUUUUAAGACAUUUUUAGGUUUUACAGAGAUUUUAAUCUUUAAAAACAGCAGAUCUAAAAACAAAAAAGUGAUGCAAGUUUAACAAAAGUUAAAAGUUUAACAUGUUUAAAAAACAUUUAAAAACUAGUUCUGAAUGUAAGAAGUACAGAACUGUUUCAGAAAAACGAGGCAUACUACCUUGAUGUAACGUUUAUUUCUUAACCUUGUUGAGCUGGUUUUGUUCAGCUUAAUUUUACUGUUUAAAGGCAUUAUCUAUUGGUUAUACCAGUGGGUACAUGAUUGAAUUUAGGGAACAGGGUUGACACAGCAGGUGCUAGUCCUGCAUAUUUUUUCUUAAAUAUUUCCCAACUGUGUUUUAUUUUCAUUAUUUCUUUUCAAUAUAUAACUUUUAUAACAAAAUAUUAGCUUUGAUCUUGUAGUUUAAAAUCACAGGGAACUGGGGUAAUCUUUUACUGAGCUGGAUCUUAGAGAAAAAUGAAUAUUUAAAUUUUGAAGUUUGCACAUUUCGUCUUUGUUCUAACAUGAGUGCUUAUAACAAGAAUAAGAAAAACCAAAAAAAAAAAAAAGAAAAAAACAACAGACAAACAAAAAACCCAACUACCUUUAUUCAUACUUGUAAUUUUGAGGCAUACAAAUUACUUUAUUGCUCCCCCCUUCAGCCUCCCCAAUUCAAUGUCAUUUGACCACCUCUGAUCUGGUGUCACCUGGUCCAUUGUAACUGAUAAUAAAAGGAGAAAAAGCACUUAAGUUUCACAGAAGCCGUUAUGUUUGUAGUAAUGGGUCAUUGCCUAAUAAUGAGCUCCAUCACUGUACUCAGAAUGAAGAAUAAUGCAUGUUAAUUUUCUUGUAUUAAAGAUGCCGUGAUUUGUAAAAAGUCUGUAUUUUGCGGAAUGUCUGGAUUAAGAAGCAUUACCAAUAGGAAUGGAUCGAUAGUUGACAAAUGAUUUUCUUUUUGUUUGUUUUAUAUAUAGAUAUAUGAAUUGCAUCCAUGUUCAGAGACAAUUUUUUAAAUAGAUGUAAAGCUUACUUAAAUAGCUUUUCUUUUAAAGUGUCUCCACAUUUUAGUUUCUUUCAAAGAUUGGUCUUAGACUGAGUCAUAUGCCCAUUAAUCAUCCAGCUAUUUUUUGAGAAGUUAGAGGAAUAAUUUGUAAAUAUUUAUUUAGAUCUUUGAUAUUUAUUGAAAGCAAUUACAUGAUGGAACGAUGGAAGCUGAAGAAUCAGGAGGAAAGCCUUUUAAAAAGUUUUCUCUAGGAUUUGUCAGGGUCAUUGUAAAGACAAAAAUAUAACUAAGACUUCUGUGAACUACCACUGAAAUUCUGACCUUUUUUACUUACAGUGGUGAUAUACGUUAAUUGACUAGAUACUGCCAAAUAAUGCCCAAUAUGUUGCAGAAAUUAAGUGGCAAGUCGAUUGGAAAAAAUAGUAAGUAGAUGGUAACUUGUAUUACCACAGCUGCAUUAUUGCCUGAUAAAUGUGUAAUUAACUUUUGUCGCCUCUGUGUUGUGACUGUAAAACACUUCACAACUAAAACUCAAUCUUGUUCGAUUACUUUACAAGUUCCAAAACUUCGAUCCACCCCUAUGAAAGCAAGUAUUGUGGAAAUAUUUUUGGUGUAAAAUCAUUCCAGAAUAUGUAAUAUUUAACUGAUAGCUGCAUGAAAGUAAGAUUCGUGUUACUUUGGCUUUUUUGUCUCUGUUGACACGGUUGCACAUUUCCAAGUUACUACAGCGUGAAAACUGUGUGUUUUAAAGAAAAAAAAAAAAAAACAAAACAAAAAAAAAAGAUUGUGGCCUGGUUUUGUAUAAGUUUUAGGUAAAAUUACAAUUGAUUGUUUUAGGAACCAUGAUUUAAAAUUAAUUUUUUUCUGCAAAUCAUAAAGCUAUAUUAAAGUGUUGAGCUUAGCCACUAUGCACAUUGUAAUUAUUCAUUGUGGCUGUCCAGUUUAUGAUGCAUUCUGGCAUUUUGUAAGCUGCUCUGACUAGCAAUAUAUAGAGUCAUUUAAUGUGUUAACAUUGGUUAAUAAAUGUAUUUAAAAAAAAACCCUCA